UUUGCACGUAAAGUCUCAUGUAUUGAUCCGCUGGGUGACUUGUUGAUUGUGAUCGUUGCGGAUGUUGGAGGCUGUGCUUCAUCAGUGAGGAGACUCGGCCCCUGAGGUGCUUCUAUCAUGAGGUAACUUGAGGACGAAUAAAAGUAACAGAAACAGGGUGGCUGCUGUACAAAGAGGCUGCACUGCUCCCAAACUGUGCACUUUGAAGAAACGCAGGAGGAUUAUAGUGCACAAUUUGACUUUCACAGACUGAUCAGAAAUGAUGGUUUUCCUGCUUUUGAUCGCCUGUUUGGGAACUUUUCUGCGCGACUUUCAUGUGUUCAGCUGUGAUGAAAACUGUGCAGAUAAACCUGUGUUCAGCUCAUCCAGACUGGUGGUUCAGUAUGGCGACCCAACCUCUGCCCGCUGCUCUGCAUGCCAGCAGGCUUGCCACAGUGGUCAAACUGGUUUGGAAGUACCUAUUGGAGUGACGAGAUAUGAUGGAUCCAUGAUACUCUGGAAGGUUGCAAGUAUGACUGAAUGGGACACAUCUGCAAAGUGCUACUAUAAUGCUGAUGAUGGUAGCCAGUGUUGUAGCACGCUGCCUGUAACUGUCUACAAGCCUCCAGAUAUCGUGAGCAUCAGACUCAUCAGUGACUAUGGGCUGAUGUUUGCUGAUCAUCAGUACACUUUGCUUUGUGAGGUACAGGAUGUCGCUCCCAUUGAAAACCUCAUUGUGACCUUCUACAGAGAUCAGACUGUACUGGGUCAGCAGCAGUCUGACAAUAAAGACAAGAAACCAGUGGCUGAAGUCUUCAUUUUAAACUUCCGCCCCAGUGAAGACGAUGAUGGAGCCCAGUACUGGUGUGAAGCCAAGCUAGAAAUGGGACCUGAAGGACCACAGCCUCCUCCAGUGGUGGUGUCACAAAACGUCACCGCCAAUGUGCAGACUCUGGAGUACACCACUGACAGCAGCACGGUGAUUCACAGCUUCAAUAUCUGCCUCUUUCUUUUAUUGUUUGCUCUGGUUUGAGGUCAUUCUCAGAGUAAUUUAGAGGCAGUUUGUUUCAGAAAUAUAACAUAACAAUAAAGAGAAGCUAAUUUCCUAUGUAACUCAUAUCUGAUAUCCACACAAAUCAAACGCAGCCUCUGCUGUAAGAAUGAGAAAAACAACCCAUAGGUCAACUGCAAGCGGGUUAUCAUGACCAUUAUUUACUUUUAUUGUUAGGUGCCAACGGCGAGGUUACACAUCACGCCUUUCUGGGCUCUGGUUGAUUGAUCGACUGAAAUGAGCAAAAGAUUCAGGAUAAGCAUUAAAACAUCACAUGAUUAGAAUGUAUGCAUGUUUAUUUUGGAUCUCUGGAUUUUAUUUGUGUAUUGGAGGACUGUUAGAUUAUUGUAUUGGUGUCUAUUUUACUUCAUUAAAGCAUCUGUAAUGAUAUUUUAGUUUAGUUGUAGUUUGUUUGGAAGAGAGAGAGAGAGAUUGUAUAUGCAUCUUGAGGUCCAGGACAUUUCAGUCACUCCUCUCACAACUUCAAAAAGCUGCCUGAGGGUUCAGACUUGGUUUUAAGGGUUACACACCAUGGUGUCAUGGGUCAGGAAGUCACCCAUGAGUCCUUGGAUGAAAACAAACCCCCCCACACAAAAAACUCUAAAUUUUUAACAAAACAUUUUUCCAACGGUAUGUUUUUGGAUAAAUUUUCCAUGAAUUGUUCACAUUUUAACCUCUUAUUUAUAUUACAUAUUUAUAGUAUUUAUAAAAAGGGAAAAGUAAUUUGCAGUUUGCAGUUCACCCGAUCUGCAUGUCAGAUUGGAUUAAGGGAGGAUCUACAAGAGGAAAAUGUCAUGUAAAAAUUGUAAUGUUGACUAAUUGUACUAUAUAAGUGUACAAUUCUUUGGUGUAUAAACAAUAGAAACAUGAAAAGUUGAA